AUGAUUGUUGGCUCCACCACAUCGACACGUUUUGAACAUUUAUUACAAUUGACAAGCACUGCUUUCCAAAUACAUGUGAAACGAAACUUAUUGAACGAUCCAUCUCAAAACCAUGAAACAUCUUCAGAACCAUUACAAAUUCCAAAUCAAGGUGGACGUAUUUCAACUCCUUUCGAAUUAAGAAAUUUGAAUUCGAAUAACGUUUCCGCAGCGGUUAUGAGUUUUGGAAAUUUGGAAAAGGUGAAAAAUUUAUAUUCUUGGAAUCGAGAUGUAACGACACAAUUGAUCAAUUCCACUCAAUUCGAGAAUUUGCAACAAGUUGUGGAUGCGCUCUCUAAUUCAAGUACCGUUCAACGUGUGAAUUUGGUGAUACCUUUCGAACUUAAAUAUUUGCAAAAUAGGGCCAUUCUUCCGGUUCGUGAAUUGACAAAUCCUGUAACCAUGGAAAUUAGAAUUCCAAAACAAGCUCAUGAGUUAAUGACCCAAAUUAUAGAGUCUUCUUCAAAUUAUAGAAUAGUCUGCAUGUAUUGGAAUGAAACCAAGUUGAGUUGGGAAAGUAAUGGCUGUUUGACUGAAUUGCUCAACACCAGUACUGUCACAUGUCAAUGCAAUCACACCACCACUUUUACAGCCUUCGUUGAGGUUAACAAUCUUCUCAAUCAAGUCGACCUAGCCAUCACUAUUGCCCAAAUCAUUGUAUCUUCUCUAUUAAUUAUCGUAAUUUCAGCAUUCCUCCUCCUUUUCAUCCUGACAAGUCAAAAGAAUCCAAUGAAAAGCCGAUGGAUUCUUCCAUUCUUUGCAUUGGCUUCUCUGAUUGUAGAAUUGAUAUUUUCCUUUAUUGUACCUAAUGCUAUUUCUCUAUCAGGAUCAGAUCGAUCUGUCCUUUCCGCUGGUAACAUUGUCAAGCAAGUAUCUGCCAUGAUUUCCGUUACCUUUUUUGCUCUCGCUUUACUCAAUUACGUUGUCUUGGUUGUUAGAUAUUUACUUUUCAGAUACAUGUAUGAAAUUAUGGAACUAUUUGCAAAACUUGUCCAUGACAAGGAGGUCAUUAUGAAUCGAAAUGUAUCGUCAUCGAACAUGAAUUUUGAUCCAUCUCAAGAUUUUGAAAAUAAUCAACCAAAAUGGUUUUGGCUGUUGAAACGAAUGGCCAGUAAGGGAGUUCAAAUUAUGGUGAAUAUUGUCUUGGCCAUUAUAAUUAUUGGAUACUUUGUAAUUUUCAUUAGUUUGGUUGGAACGAGCUCGAUUGCAAGUACGAGCUAUACAAAAGUUAUGGCCGGAUCUCUGUUGGGAUAUGUCCUUGUCAUUUCAUUGAUUGUGAUCAUAGUGUUUGUUUUGGACGCUGUUUUUGAAAGUCGUUUCACACAAAUGACAGAUGAAACCAAACUCACUCUUUCAAAGAAGAAUUCUGAGAUGGAUUUUAAAACACAAGAAUCACAGAAGCAACUCAUUGAGUCCUUCCUCAAUGGAAUUAAGAAUUAUUUUACAACAAAUGACGCAUUAUCGUUUCGAGCGGAAUUUAUUUACUACAUGACAGGAGUUGCUUGUUUUGUUAUUUCUUAUUCAUUGGGUUUAUGGUUUAUUGAUCAACCUACGAGAAAUGGUCGAGCGGAGCAGGGAGUGCAGUUGGCAUUCGACGUCUUGUCAGUAUUAUUUUUCAUUGCUGCCUUUGGAGGACACGUGUCGAUAGUGACCGCUGUCAAUUAUAUGAAAUCCAAGAGAAUGAAAGGUUAUAGAAACGUUGAAACGAGUGUUGAUUCAGAAGACGACAUGAGUGAAGAAUUGAGAGAAAUAUUAACACAACCCUCUCUGUGCAAAAUUUUCGAACAGUAUGCAAAAUUGGAAUUCUCAUUAGAAAAUAUUAUUUUCUGGAAGAAACUGGAUCGAAUGAAACAGUUGCUGAAUCAAAGCAUUAACAACCAACAUGAUUCUACAAAUUCGAAAACAAUUUCAUCAUGGGAAUUACUCGAAAAGGAAUUUUCACAAUGGAAAGUCGAUCACAUGGAUGCCAACGCUUCAAUGGAAAUUAACUUUCCUUCCCAUAUCAAACACAAAUUUAAUGCCAUCCAUACUCAAUUACAAAAACAAGAACCCUCCGCUCUUCCCUCACAACAACUCAUUCAAGAAUUAUUCCAAGACAUGCAUUCCGAUCUCAUCUUGAAUUUGAGUGAUACCUUUUCAAGAUUCAUGUUCACUGAGAGUUAUGAGAAAAUAAUGACCUUUAUGCAACUCAAGAAGGAAAUGAAUGCAUCUUUUGAUGACACACAACAAAACAACAGCAGCAAGAGCAUUUUGUAA